CUCACAGCGCCGCUUUGCCUCCGCUCUUCGCACCUCAUCUCCCUCCUCUCGCAGCUGUCGCUGCCGCUGCCUCUCGACCGCAGCAACCCUCCACACAUCCACCAUGGCCUCGCCGUGGGCGCCUGCGCCGCACCCCGUCGACCACGCCGGCUACGUCGACUACCCCGCCGAGCCCGCGUCGCCCGGCGCACAGCCCUCGUCGCCCGGCCGCCGCGCGCUGGCGUGGUUCAGCGGCAAGGGCAGCAAGGCGAACUCGCGCUCGCGCUCGCGCGACAACGACGCUCGCAGCCGCUCGGCGUCGCCGCGCACCGACGGCCGCACGCCGAGCCCGACGUUUGUCGUGCGCAACGUCACGCGCCAGCCCGGCGGCGUCAGUCUCGACGCCCAGAGCCCGCAGCUGGCCGACUACCAGCAGCAGCAGUCCGAUGGCGCACAGCUUCAGUACAGCCGCUCGCGCAGCCGGCCCGUCGGCGGCGUCAGUCUCGGCGUGCCGCCGGGCGGCCGUGGCGGCGGCACUGGCUACGGAACAGCCACCAGCAGCAACGACGGCCGGCCAGAGGGCAUCGAGCGCGGCCGGACUGGCAGCGCUGAGCGCGGUACCUCGCAACAGCAGCAGCACGUCAGCCCCACACGCACCGGCAGCGGCAAUGCUGGCGGCAUCGCGCGGCCAGCCAGCCCCGGCGCCAUGACCGCAGGCGCGUUCCGCAAUAGCGGCCGCAUCAGCCCCGGCCCCAUGAGCUGGGCGCAGCAGCAGGCGGCCGCCGAGCAGGCGCGCUUCCAGAGCGGCGGUGGUCCGCGUGAGAUGCGACAGCAGGGCGAUCGCAGUCCGGCACGCACGCCAGCAGGCCCCCGCACCGCGCCUGGCGGCUUCUCCAGCAGCCCGUCGCGCAGCCCGCUCUCCAGCUCGCCGCUCGCUCCGCACGUCAGCGCCGUGCAUGCGGGUGGCAGCAGCAGCAGCCAGCCACAGCAUCAGCAGCAGCACUACGCCGUGCCGCGCAACAUCGACAUGCGCAACGGUCCACCUCCAGUGAUCCCGCUCGAUGGCAUGCCCAGUCCGAUCUCCAUUCCGCGCCCGCUCGACUCGCCCGGUCGCUCUCCGCUCGGCACGCCGUCACCGGGCCGCUCGCCUGACGGACGCGCGCAGAACGCCGGCGGCAACAGCCCUGGCAUCGGCGGCGGCGCAGGCCGCUGGAUGAACAAGCUCUUCUCGCGCUCGCCGCGCGCGGCCUCGCCCGCAGACGACACGUACGCCGGUUGGGGUCGUCAGCCGAGUCCGGCGCUCGCGGGCGCGCAGGAUGAGGGUUCCGGACCGACGCCGUACGGUAUUCCCUCUGGCGUCUGGGGCGGCAACCGGCGUGCGCAGCCGAGUGACGACGAGCGCGAGGCGGCACUGCUGCGCGAGCGCAGUCAGCGCGAGGCGGCGCGCAUCGUCGAUGCCGAGCGCCGCGCCAUCAUGGAGCGUCCCACACCUGCGGCCUACGACCCAAACACUGACCGGCCAUUCGUGCCGCGGCAAGCCGUUGAUGAUGAGGACGCCGCUGAUGAAGACGUGGGCUUGGUGCGCGAGACGCGCAGCCCACCUGGACGCAAGCCGGUGCCGCGCUUCCACGAGACGCCCGACGUGGAGGAGCUGCGGCGCAUGAGCCUCACGACGCGCGAGAGCGUCGCGCAGCAGCUUGAUCCGCACGACGCGCUCAGUCGCCUCGAGGGCCGUCUGACGCCUGCACAGCAGAUCAUCGCCGAGACACGUUCGCGCCAUCUUGCCCGCGAGCGGGCCGAGGCCGAGGCGGCGGCGGGCGGCAGCGUGCCGGCGCAGGUGCAGCGCGGCUUCGAGGUGGGAGAGCACAUCAAGGACGCCUCGUCGCGCGCACCGACGCUCCCAGCCAAGUCGCCCGCGCCGUCGCAGCGCCAGCCGUUGGAGGCUGCGGCGCCCGAGGUGAUCGAGACACCAAUGCGACGCAAGUCGACCAAGCGCGUGGCUGCGCCAUCUGCAGCUGCGCCGAAGGCCGCCGAGUCUCCGCAGCGGCGAGCGGCGCCAAAGCCGGCAGCCGGCGGCGCCGGCAAGGGCCUGUUGCCAGGCGACGGCCCCCUGCCCAUGGACAUGUCGCUCCCGGCGGCGCUGCAGGAGAUGAUGAUCCGCUUCUACCGCUUCGAGCGCUACUCGGUGCCGCUCAUCCGCUCGCUCGAGACGCGGCUGCUCGACAUUGAGCGCGACGCGCAGCUGGCGAUCAACGGCGACGCCCAGAGCGCCAACUCGGCGCGCGACCGCGAGAUGGACCGCUGGGUCGGCCAGAUGACCAGCCUCAUGCGCCACGAGGUGGGACAGCUCAAAGCCGCUACGCACGAGAUCCGCGAGGGCCGCGAGCUGCUUGGUCAGGUUGUCAAGAACGGCGCUGAUGGGCCGCCGGGCAGCAGCUUCCGCCCGCGCGUCUUCAGCGGCGCCGACAGCAGUGCGCAGGCAAGCCCGAGCAGCACGCGCGCAGAGACGGGCCAGGUCAAGGCGCCGCCGCUGUCGCCGAUCAAGACGAAGAACCUGGAGGAAGACGACCGUGUGCCUGAGCUUGGCUCCGCACGCUCGCCGAUCACGGCCGAGCAAGCUGGCCACGCUGCGCGCACGAACAACAUCUCUUCGGCCUCGUUCCAGAGCGCUGUGCCGCGCGGCAACGCUGCUCCUGUCGACCCGCGCCUCGGACUGCCUGCUGGUGCCGCACCGGCGCUCGACAAAGACGAGGGCAAGAGCGCGCAUGGCAAGACUGCCUCAUCCAGCAGCGGAGCGCGGCGCGAGCGCAGCACGAGCCCCGGUGGCCGGCCGCGCUUCACGAGUGCGCUGGGCGAGCCGAUGCAGAGCGGACGCAUCUCGCCGCUGGAGCGGCGCUCGGCGAGCGACGAGGCUCCACUCGAGCCGCCGGCGCCCGGACGCUUCGCCAUGCCCGGCGCCGCUGCUGCUGCCGCUGGAGCGCGUGUCUCGGCUGCCAGCCCGGCGCCGAGCGACACUGCCUCGAACGCCAGCGGUAGCGUCUCGAUGCGCUCGAACAAACGCGGCCAGAGCGUCGAUGAGCGCCUCAAGGCACUUGUGGCCGACCGACAGAUGCGCACGCCGUCGCUGCAGAGCCAGUCUUCCAUCGUCGAGACGCUCGAGGGCGACGAGAGUACUGACGCAACGUCGAUGACCAGCACGCGCCUCGGCAACGACUACCCGCUGCAGGAGGCCAAGGAAGCCGAGCCGCAGCCCAUGCCGACGCCCAAGCGUGCGCUGGUGGCGCCGACGCGCUCGCACACGCAGCAGCCUUCGGACUCGUCGCAGGCGACCUUCGUGCCUGCUGGAGCUCCGCGGCGCAGCACGCUCAUGGCGCCCGCCGACACGGCGCCGUAUCUCGGGGGCCGCACAUCGCCUACGCCAUCGUCGCACUCGGCCCACUCGCCGAACGCACGCCGCUCUGUCAGCCCAGCGAACCUGGUUCCGGGCGCCAGCGCCAGCAUCAAGACGGCACCGCACGCCAGUCAGGGCCUCCGGGCGCGCGCUCAGAGCUACCUGCAGAAUGCCGACUCCUCGGGCGCCGCCGCGACGGAGAGCCCGCCUAGCAGUCCGAUUCCAGCCACCUCGUGGAUCUCGAGCCGCAGCGGCGUCUCGCCGUCCAAGCUCGCAGAGACGACGACCGCCUCGACGUCGCGCUCCGCAUCGCCCGACAAGCUGCGUCUGAAGAGCUCGAGCGGCGCAAUGAGCCGGCCUGCCAGCCAGUACGGCCUCAGCCAGCAGAGCCCGGGCACGGCGAGCAAGCCGAGCAGCCCGACCAAGACCGAGCCGCUGAGCAUCAAGAAGAGCGCCGGCUCGCUGCGCGCCCGCAGCGUCAACACGACGCAGGGCGCCGGCUCUGCCAUCAGCGUCGCACCCGCCAGCCCCGGCGCCGGCGCACGCAAGGGCGUGCCCGUGGGCAAGAGCCUGCGCGAGCGCGCCGCCUUCUUCGAGUCGGCCGCUUGAGCCGGCCGGCCCGCCUACUUACGAGACUUCCGACUUCUUCAUCUUGCCUGAUCUACUUACCUUGCGCCAUUGACCCUCAUGUCCGCGUCCUCAGAGCCGUGCUCCGUAUCAUCUGACAUUCAUUAUACAAAGCAGUCGUGAGAGGCGUCUGCGAGUCGCACUCGGGCGCGCAGAGCGGGAAUAG